AUGGCUGACCAACCAUUAUUUCGGCUUGCUCUUCUCGGCCUCGCCAUCUGUUGUCUGCCGGUUUCCAUCUCAGCUCAGGAUCCUGCACCGUCAUCAGGCCCGGACUCAAGUCGCAACAACCUCGUUGGAUGGCAGCCCAAUCCCGACCGCCGUGGAACGAUGAACAUAUUGCAGAGCUGCUUGUUGACUAUCAUAGCCUGUACAUGGACCAUCCAUCAUCCCAAUGUCCCAAAGAGAACCCCCGAGACAGCGUUGGGACGAUUUUUGCACCGAGCCAGAUGGAUGAUUGCGACGAUCCUGCUGCCUGAGUUCAUUCUGGCCCAGGCUGCGAAAAGAAUAAGGGGGUUCGACAUGUUUAGGACUGAGGGCAAGGAGGAGCAAGAGUGGCGCAAACAGCACUUCUACUAUGCCAACAUGGGUGGCUUCCGAGUCAACCUAUCAAGCCUCGACGAGGUUGAAGGCGACAACGCGGCCCUCACCCGCGUAUACCCUCUUACAGCAAAAGAGCUGGUCAAGUAUCUCAAGACCCCGUCGCCCUCGGAGACCGAACCACCCAUCUCCGAGACCGAAGUGAGGCGGAGGAUCAAGGUCGACACGCUCUCCAAGCUAGUCGCCUUCAUGCAGAUCGCGUGGACCCUCUUCUCGGUGCUGACGCGGUGGGCCAUCCACCGCGCGACGUCACAACUGGAGAUCAUGACGGUGGCCUUUGCCGCGUGUGCCGUCUUGACGUAUGUCCUGCGCUGGAACAAGCCGCAGAACGUCGAG